UAAAAAAGUUUCUACCUAUAGUUUUCUUCCUUAAAAAUAAUACAAGUUUUUCUUUUAAAUAAGUGAAUAAUAGAUAUAUAAAAGAUUUUUUACAUGCAAAUGCGUCUAGUUCUAUUAUAAGAUGCGUAUUUUAGUAGUUCUACUGGUCGCGACUUCUGUAGCGGCGGUAGAUCUCGACUGGUGGAAGACCGCCUUGGUCUACCAGAUCUACCCGCGGUCUUUUAUGGACAGCAACAAUGACGGUAUUGGAGAUCUUAACGGUAUAACGAGCAAGCUGCCAUAUCUUCACGCGACGGGGGUCGACGCGAUCUGGCUGUCGCCUAUCAACGUGUCCCCAAUGUAUGACUUCGGUUACGACAUCACUGACUACCGCGACAUCGCGCCGGAGUACGGUACCAUGGCAGACUUCGAUAAUCUCAUGAAGAGGGCUAAGCAGUUGGGUAUCCGUGUGCUUCUGGACUUCGUGCCCAACCACACUAGCAACGAGAGUGACUGGUUCAACCGCUCCAUACGUCGAGAGGCAGGCUAUGUGGACUACUACGUGUGGAGUGAUGGUCUAAAAGACGAAAACGGGGAUAGGAUACCGCCUAGCAACUGGGUGAGCACAUUCCGCAAGAGCGCUUGGGAGUGGAAUUCCGCGCGUGAGCAGUAUUACCUGCACCAGUUCGUCAUCGGCCAGCCAGACCUCAACUACCGCAGCGCCCGGCUGCAACAGGAGAUGAAGGACGUACUCAGUUUCUGGCUGGACAAGGGCGUGUCGGGGUUCCGUGUGGACGCCGUCAACAGACUGUACGAAGCCAACCCUGACAACUAUGGUGGUCGGUACCCUGAUGAGCCGCUAUCAGGCAACCCGGACACGAACGCAGACGACUACGAUCACUACAAUCACAUAUACACGUCGGACUUGGACGAGACGUACGACGUGGUGUACGACUGGCGAGACCUCCUCGACAAGUACAUACACACGCACGGCGAGUACAAGAUGAUGAUGACGGAGGCGUACGCUGACGUGCAUAGCAUGAUUAGGUACUACGGGACUGAUACUAGGAAUGGAUCUAUACCGUUCAACUUUAGCUUUCUCGGUGAAAUCACUAAGAGUUCCACUGCCUGGGACAUCAAAACGGCCAUUGAUAAGUGGAUGACGCAUAUGCCUACUGGGAAAACUGCCAACUGGGUGAAUGGCAACCACGACAACAGCCGCAUGGCAACCCGCGAUGGGGUGGAGCGAGUCGACGCCAUGAACCUGCUAGCACUUAUUUUGCCCGGGGUUGCCAUCACAUACCAGGGUGAAGAGAUCGGCAUGACAGAUGGAGAGCUAUCCUGGGAGGAGACGGUGGACCCUCAGGCUUGCAACACCGAUGACCCGAUCAACUACGUGAAGAAAUCACGUGAUCCCUGCCGCACUCCCUUCCACUGGGACAGCUCCGACCACGCCGGGUUUACCAGAGGCCGCAGCACCUGGUUGCCUGUGGCCGCUAACUACAAGGAUGUCAAUGUACACAACCAGUUGAUCGCAAAGAAGAGUCAUUAUAAGUUCUACAAGGAUGUGGGCCGGGCUAGACGCAGGAAUGCAGUGAAGUACGGAGACUUGGACACGCGCGCGCUCUCAGAGGACGUGCUAGUAGUUACCAGAUUACUUCCUGGAGAGCCUGGUAUAGUUGCGAUCAUCAACUUAUCUGAUCAAGUGAGACAUGUGGACUUAUCUACACUGCGGCUGUUACCUACCAACCUGAUAGUUAUAGCGUCGGGUGUAGACUGCAGCCUUGAAAAGGGAGCUGGUCAACUGAAGCAAAAUGUGCAUAUGACAGCACACUGUGCUCUGCUACUACAGACCAGAGAGAAGUGUUGCUGAUCCGACAAGUGGCUGCAUAUAUAGUAUAAUCACAAUUAUAAUUAAUUGUUUUUUGUUAAGAAAAUAUAAUUUAUGUCUCAUUG